UGAAAAAUCAAAUUUUUAAUUAUUAGAAUUCUCCUCUAUUUAUAUUAAAUAAUGAACACUUAAAAUGUUUCGAAUUUGUUUAAGUCAACAAUUCAAGAAAAAGGCCUCUUAGAGAUUGAAAUUGACAGCUGGAAUAAAAUCUAAGAGAGAAUUGUUAAGACUAAAAUUAGAAUAGCAAUUGCUUAAGAUAAUUAUUUGCUCUAUUUUUUGAAUGGAGUAGUGUAUAGAAAGUUACAAUAAUUUAUAAAUUUAAAUAGGGAACAAAUUGUUGACGAUUCUCAAAAUCUAGAAAUAUUGACAAACUUAGACUAGAUCAAAUAUUUGCAAUGGCUUGGAGAAUAUAGAGAGAAUAAGAGAAAAUUUGGUAAGUGGAUAGCUACUUGGAAUAUGGAAGUUGUUAAAGAUGUAGGUGGGUAUUAUGAUAAUGGAUUAAAAUAAGGUUUAUGGAAUGAACCAAUUAAAAAUUAUUGUAGGUAGAUAUUGAUAAAUAAACUAAAAAUAGUUAAUCUCAAGUCUAUGAAAGAGGAAUAUACUUUGAAAAUUAAAAACGUGGAAGUUGGAUAUUUCUUAAGGAGAACAAAAGAUUGUAUAAUUGAUCUAUUAUCUAGUGGUGGUGGUUAGUACAAUAAUUAAGGUUAGAAGAUUGGUAAAUGGAUUGAAUUGAAUGAUUAAUACAAUCACUUGUCUUAAGUCACUUGUAAAGGUGAAUACAAAAACGGUAAAAGAGUUGGGAAAUGGGAAUAUUAUAUGCUUUAGGGAGAAUACAAAUUGAUGUAAAAUAAUUAUAUUAAUAAAACUAAUAGUGGAGUUGGAAUAUAUUAGGAGAUGUAGGAGGAAUCUAUUAAAAAUGGGAAGUGGAUUGAAUUAGGGGAUGGAUUUAAUCUAGGGUCUUAAGUAAUUUUGAUAGGCAAUUAUAGUAAUGGAAAAAAGGUGGGUAGUUGGAACUUUUAUUGGAAUGAUAAUGAAAGAAAUGAAUUAAAGUAAAAUUAUUAAUUAUUUGAUUAGAGGUGGAGGAUUAUACGAUGGUUCUAUAAAGAUAGGAGUAUGGAAUGAAUUAAUAAAUAAUUUUGGAAGUAGACAAGGCUAAUCAUAGAUUAUUUAUAAUGGUGAGUAUCAUAAUGACAAAAAAGUUGGCAGUUGGAAUAUUUUGUAUUAGGAAUUUUGGGAAAAGAACUUUUAAAAAAUGUAAGAUUACAAAAUCAAUUUUUUAGAGGAGGUGGUUUCUAUAAUGAUUAAGGUUCAAUAAAAAUUGGGAAUUGGAUUGAAGUAAGUGAAAAUUAUGGGAGUAAACGUGGAUAAUCAUUUGUAACUUAUAAUGGCGAAUAUAAAAAUGAUUAAAAGGUUGGUAGAUGGGAUAUUUUGUAUAAAUAUUAUAAUGAUGGAUGGAAAAAAGAAUAAAUGUAAAUAUUAAUAGGAAACUUAUAUUUAGUGGUGGUGGUUAAUAUGAUUUAAAAUGCUCUUUUAAGAUCGGAAUGUGGAUAGAAGUAAGUGAUGGAUUUGAAAUGAAUAUGUAAGUAAUUAAUAAAGGUUAUUAUUAAAACGGUGAAAAAGUAGGUAGAUGGGAUAUUUUGCAUCGAGAGUGGGGUAGAGAAAAGUUUGAGAAAAUGUAAGAACAAAAAAAAUUAUUUAAGAGGCGGAGGAUCUUAUGGCGAAAAGGGCUCAUUUAAGAUUGGAGAGUGGAUUGAGUUAGUUGAUGGUUCUAUAGUAUCCUAUAAAUGCGAAUAUAAAGAUAGUAAAGUAAUUAGUAUUUAUUAAUGAAUAUUGAGGAAAAUACGAGUAUUAUGAUAAAUGAUUGA